UGGCCCUUUUCUGUCGUCCGCUCUUGCUUCCCAGCGUGCUCUCUCGCUCAUUGCCUCCCUUCCCUCCUUCUGGUCUUCCUUCGCACGCUACCUGGUGACUGAGGCGCCCGCGACGAGCAGUGAGGCGGUGGCGGAGGACACUCAGUCAUGGCCGCCUCUAAGCCUGUGGAGGCGGCGGUGGUCGCAGCGGCUGCGCCCAGCUCCGGGAGUGGGGUGGGCGGCGGCGGUGCGACUGCAGGCCCCGGCACUGGGGGCCUGCCGCGAUGGCAGCUGGCGCUGGCAGUCGGGGCUCCCCUGCUGCUAGGUGCAGGUGCCAUGUACCUGUGGAGCAGGCAGCGGCGGCGCCGGGAGGCUGGGGGCCGAGGAGACGCUGGCGGUUUAAAGCGCAACAGCGAGCGGAAGACCCCGGAGGGUAGGGCCAGUCCGGCCCCGGGCAGCGGACAUCCCGACGGCUCCGGUGCUCACCUGGAAAUGAACUCUCUUGAUAGAGCGCAAGCAGCCAAGAACAAAGGCAACAAAUAUUUUAAAGCAGGAAAAUAUGAACAAGCUAUUCAGUGCUAUACUGAGGCGAUCAGUUUGUGCCCUAUAGAGAAGAAUGCUGACCUUUCCACAUUUUAUCAAAACAGAGCUGCUGCCUUUGAACAGUUGCAAAAAUGGAAAGAGGUGGCACAAGAUUGUACAAAGGCUGUUGAACUUAAUCCCAAAUAUGUGAAAGCUCUCUUUAGACGUGCAAAAGCCCACGAGAAGCUAGACAAUAAGAAGGAAUGUUUAGAAGAUGUCACUGCUGUGUGUAUACUAGAAGGGUUCCAAAAUCAACAAAGCAUGCUGUUAGCUGAUAAAGUUCUUAAACUUCUUGGAAAAGAGAAAGCCAAAGAAAAAUAUAAGAAUCGUGAACCUCUGAUGCCAUCUCCACAGUUUAUCAAAUCUUACUUCAGUUCUUUCACGGAUGAUAUAAUUUCUCAGCCCAUGCUUAAAGGAGAGAAGUCUGAUGAAGAUAAAGACAAGGAAGGAGAGGCCUCAGAAGUUAAAGAAAAUUCUGGAUAUCUAAGGGCCAAACAGUAUAUGGAAGAAGAAAAUUACGAUAAAAUCAUAAGUGAAUGCUCAAAAGAAAUAGAUGCUCAAGGCAAAUACAUGGCGGAAGCAUUAUUACUACGAGCCACCUUCUACCUGCUUAUUGGCAAUGCCAAUGCGGCCAAACCAGAUUUAGAUAAGGUCAUCAGUUUGAAAGAAGCUAAUGUGAAGCUUCGCGCAAAUGCUCUCAUCAAAAGAGGCAGCAUGUACAUGCAACAACAGCAGCCUUUGCUGUCUACUCAGGAUUUUAACAUGGCUGCUGACAUUGAUCCUCAGAAUGCAGACGUUUAUCACCACCGAGGACAGCUGAAAAUAUUGCUUGAUCAAGUUGAGGAAGCAGUGGCAGAUUUCGAUGAAUGUAUUAGAUUAAGACCUGAGUCAGCCCUGGCACAAGCUCAGAAAUGUUUUGCAUUGUAUCGCCAGGCAUAUACAGGAAACAAUUCUUCACAAAUCCAAGCAGCUAUGAAAGGUUUUGAAGAGGUUAUAAAGAAAUUCCCAAGGUGUGCUGAAGGCUAUGCACUGUAUGCUCAGGCAUUAACAGAUCAACAACAGUUUGGUAAAGCUGAUGAUAUGUAUGAUAAAUGUAUUGAUUUGGAACCAGAUAAUGCCACAACAUAUGUUCAUAAAGGUUUACUUCAGCUUCAGUGGAAGCAAGAUCUGGAUAGAGGUUUGGAGCUCAUCAGCAAGGCUAUUGAAAUUGACAAUAAAUGUGAUUUUGCAUAUGAAACCAUGGGAACUAUUGAAGUGCAAAGAGGAAACAUGGAGAAAGCCAUUGACAUGUUCAACAAAGCUAUUAACCUGGCCAAAUCGGAGAUGGAGAUGGCUCAUCUGUACUCACUGUGUGAUGCUGCUCAUGCCCAGACAGAAGUUGCAAAGAAAUACGGAUUAAAACCACCAACAUUAUAAAAUAGGGGGAAAGAGAAUGACCCUCUUUUUAGAAGUUUACUCCCUUUUCAACUGAACCCUAAAGACACUGUCAUGAACUGUGUUGAAUGGUGGAACUUAGUAUUUCUGUUUGUGCUGUUGUCAUUCAUUACAGGUUUCAUGUCUAGGUGUUGUGGGAGUGGCUGUUGAAGGAAGUUUGCAGUGUUGCAGCUUUUAUUCCCUGUGCAACAAAAGCUUAGAACCUGUUAAAGGGAUAUGAAAGCUGCAGAGAGUACAGAUGAUAAUUAGCCAUGCAAAUAAAAACUUUGAUUUGUUGAUUUGGCUUUUUUUUUUUUUUUUUGAGGCGGGGGAUGGGGGCGAUGGUUAUGUUCUGGAUGAUUUGUGUGUGUGUGUGUGUGUGUGUGUGCGCGCGCGUGUGUGCAUGCGCAUAAUAUAUUUUACAGCAUGUUGGUUUUUAAAUUCAUAUAGUAAGUGCUGUAAAACAAGUUUCUUUGAUUCAGUUAAUCCCUUUUAGUUUAUUUAAGGAAACAAAGCUUAAAUGGGGAUUUUGUUUUGAAGGCAGCAAAACUGAGACCCUUUAAACCACUGUCAGCAUGCACAAUGCCUCUGAUUCUGCAGAAUUGUUAGAUUCAGUGGCAACUUAAGCCUUUUGACCCCAUUCAACUCCAAUGGAUAAUGUACAUUGUUCCUAAAGUCUAUAGCAACUGGCUUUCAUACAGUAAAUCACACAGAACCAAAUAUUCUGGUAUAUAUGCUGGAAGACUGAAAAUUAAUGGGUGAGUGAACCAGGCAAGAGGUAAGAUGAAAUAGAAAUGGGUUUUAAUUGCCUGUGGCUAUUUUUUAUAUUAGGCACACUAUUUAAUAGUGUACUUUUGUAAGAAAAUUCAGGUUGGUUGUGUGUAUAAAGAUGAAGUGUUAUAUACAUGGGAGUGUUUAAUUAGCUUAAAAUGUGUAGUGCAGAAAUGUGGCUAAAGGUUCCAAAAGGAUAUGUUUUGGAGUCAGAAGCAUAGUAUUUCCUAAGGUUGUAAGUUUAGUGUUUUAACUAUGGCUAUGUGUGCUUAAAGAAUUUUAAGCCAGUAUUUUCAGAAGUGCUGAAGAAAUGUGGAAUGCUUUUUAGUUUGGAGCUAACCUUGCUCUCUAGUGCCUGACUGCCCAUGCCUAGAUCUUUACUAGGGACACUGACAGUUUUAUCUUUACUUCACCUUCUUACUG